UUGCUGAUGCAAGGAAUUCCCUGGGCCCCCGUUCACUCCACUGCUGACCAGCCCACCCACGUGCUGAGCCUUUCUGCAGGCCUUCUUCCCUGCCUCUGUGGGACCCUGUGACUCGGGGUCCAUCCGGCCGGAGAAGAAAAUCCUCUCAUGCUAGUAUUGCAGACCUUGGAGGGUGAGAAAAAGAGGGAACUCGUUCAGCCUUGAGACCUGUGGGCUCAGCCCCAAGGCACCAGGAACCCCUCUUCCACAGAGAACCAAGGCAACUACAGCUUUUUCUCCCCUUGGUCAGUGAUUCCAAACCUUUUUGUUAUCAUGGCCACUUUUUGUUGUAUGGAUGUCCUUUUGCUUCCUGCAUUUUUAUUUGCCAAACUGUACCAAUGAAACAACCAUUUACUUUUCCCUUUCCAAAUUAACAAAAGAUGUCUACGACUGAGUGUACAAUAAAAUCAAUGUCCCAAUGAUUCCUAUGAUGUUGUCAACAGCCAAUCAGAGCUUCUGAUCAGCAUGAGAUAAUCAGUGUGACCACAGUGAAUUGAUAAAAUUUCAGCAAGCAAAGAUAACUGAUGUUUAAAUGUGCCUUUGUGGUCUUUUGGUGGGUCCGGUGUGGGUGCUGAGAUGGCCAAUGAGAACCACGGCAGCCCCCGGGAGGAAGCAUCCUUGCUGAGUCACUCCCCGGGCACCUCCAAUCAGAGCCAGCCCUCUUCUCCAAAGCCCAUCCGCCUGGUGCAGGACCUCCCAGAGGAGCUGGUACAUGCGGGCUGGGAGAAGUGCUGGAGCAGGAGGGAGAACCGGCCCUACUACUUUAACAGAUUCACCAACCAGUCUCUAUGGGAGAUGCCUGUGCUGGGCCAGCAUGACGUUAUUUCGGACCCUUUGGGGCUGAAUGCGACCCCACUGCCCCAAGACUCAAGCUUGGUGGAAACUCCUCCAGCUGAGAACAAGUCCCGAAAGCGGCAGCUCUCAGAAGAGCAGCCAAGCGGCAAUGGUGUGAAGAAGCCCAAGAUCGAAAUCCCUGUGACACCCACAGGUCCAUCGGUGCCCAGUUCCCCCAGCAUCCCAGGAACCCCAACACUGAAGAUUUGGGGAACAUCCCCUGAAGAUAAACAGCAGGCAGCUCUCCUCCGACCCACUGAGGUGUACUGGGAUCUAGAUAUCCAGACCAACGCUGUCAUCAAGCACCGGGGCCCUUCAGAGGUGCUGCCCCCGCAUCCUGAGGUGGAGCUGCUCCGCUCCCAGCUCAUCCUGAAGCUUCGGCAGCACUACCGGGAGCUGUGCCAGCAGCGAGAAGACCAUCAUCAGUCUUCCUGUUCUGCAGGCAUUGAGCCCCCUCGGGAAUCUUUCAACCGCUGGAUGCUGGAACGCAAGGUCGUGGACAAAGGCUCUGACCCCAUGUUGCCAAGCAACUGUGAGCCAGUUGUGUCGCCUUCCAUGUUUCGUGAAAUCAUGAAUGACAUUCCCAUCAGGUUAUCCCGAAUCAAGUUCCGGGAGGAAGCCAAGCGCCUGCUUUUUAAAUACGCAGAGGCGGCCAGGCGGCUCAUCGAGUCCAGGAGUGCAUCCCCUGACAGCAGGAAGGUGGUCAAGUGGAACGUGGAGGACACCUUCAGCUGGCUGCGGAAGGACCACUCAGCCUCCAAGGAGGACUACAUGGAUCGCCUGGAACAUCUGCGCAAACAGUGUGGCCCCCAUGUCUCGGCCGCGGCCAAGGACUCCGUGGAAGGCAUCUGCAGUAAGAUCUACCACAUCUCCCUGGAUUAUGUCAAACGGAUCCGAGAGAAGCACCUUGCCAUCCUCAAGGAAAACAACAUCCCAGAGGAGGUGGAGGCCCCAGAGGUGGAGCCCCGCCUGGUAUACUGCUACCCAGUACGGCUAGCUGUGUCUGCGCCCCCCAUGCCUAGUGUGGAGAUGCAUAUAGAGAAUAAUGUGGUCUGCAUCCGGUAUAAGGGAGAGAUGGUCAAGGUCAGCCGCAACUACUUCAGUAAGCUGUGGCUCCUUUACCGCUAUAGCUGCAUUGAUGACUCUGCCUUUGAGAAGUUCCUGCCCCGAGUCUGGUGUCUGCUCCGACGGUACCAGAUGAUGUUUGGCGUGGGCCUCUACGAGGGGACAGGCCUGCAGGGAUCGCUGCCAGUGCACGUCUUCGAGGCCCUCCACCGACUCUUCAGUGUCAGCUUUGAGUGUUUUGCCUCACCCCUCAACUGCUACUUCCGCCAGUACUGCUCUGCCUUCCCCGACACAGAUGGCUAUUUUGGCUCCCGCGGGCCCUGCCUGGACUUCUCCCCGCUGAGUGGUUCCUUUGAGGCCAACCCUCCAUUCUGCGAGGAGCUCAUGGAUGCCAUGGUCUCUCACUUCGAGAAACUUCUUGAGAGCUCACCGGAGCCCCUGUCCUUCAUCGUGUUCAUCCCUGAGUGGCGGGAACCCCCAACACCGGCGCUCACCCGCAUGGAGCAGAGCCGCUUCAAACGCCACCAGCUGGUCCUGCCCGCCUUUGAGCAUGAGUACCGCAGUGGGUCCCAACACGUCUGCAAGAAGGAAGAAAUGCACUACAAGGUGGUCCACAACACAGCCGUGCUCUUCCUGCAGAACGACCCUGGCUUUGCCAAGUGGGGGCCAACUGCCGAGAAGCUGCAGGAGCUGAGCACCGCCUACCGGCAGUCAGGCCGCAGCCAUGGCUCCAGCUCUUCCUCCUCCUCCUCCUCGGAGGCUAAGGACCGGGACUCAGGCCGAGAGCAGGGCCCUAGCCGCGAGUCCCACCCCACCUAACACAUCUUGCGGGGAGGAGGAGCCCCAGGGUGCUAGUAUGGACUGGGACUCGGCUCUUGGGCUGCCAAUGACAUAGGAAGAUUAUGGCUCUGCCAAGGCUCCCCCUCCCUGCCCCCCUGCCCAACUUCCCACCUCAAACUCCAAGUCCCCUGUAAAUAGGCCCCAUACCUCUCCCCACCUUCUGUGCCACCUUGUUUCAUUUGUAAAAGUAAAUAUAGAAACCCUCCGGUAA